AUGGCUGAUCUCCAUUAUUCUCAUAUCGCUUCUGAAGAGAUGGACUCUUCUUCUGUCUUGGCCGAAUUCGAACUAUAUAACCGAGCCGGAAUCUUUGAUGAAGCUCCGUCUAACUACCUCUUCCAGAGGAAUCUCUCGUGGAUUUAUUCGGACAUAUGCGGCAACCCUGAAGGUUCUGUAGCGACACAAGAGUCGUACGGCUCUGGAGGAAAUCGAGAUCCCCCUACUGACGUUACCGUGGGAGGAAGAGAUGAGGGACAUGAGCAUUCUGAACCCAGGAAGCAGGAGGAGGGUGACCCUAGCGAAAAGAUACAUGCUCUGCUUGCCCGACGUCGAAGUCAGAACAGAGACGCCCAGCGAGCCUAUCGCCAACGCAAGAUCCGUCGGAUUGAGGAGCUUGAAAGGCAACUCGGUCAAGCGACAGAGAGGAUCCACGAGUUGAUGGCGGAGAAUCAGGCUGCUGAAGUAUCGUUACAGCGACUCGCAGCUCAGAAUGCUCGAUUGAAAAACAUGAGUGAACAAUGUUUUCGAAGCCAUCUUGUACAUAAUCACCAGGGCGACGAUCUCUGGGAGCCCGACCAUUGUGUUGUCCGAGACAGGUCUCUCUGGAGAGGAUAG